AUGCGGAAUCUCUCCAUCGAGAAAAACUUGGUCAAAAACGUGAGGGUCCAGGUGGUUAAUCUGCUACCAAAUGUCGUGCAGGUACGGUUGCUGCGACGAGCAUGCACGCCUGGCACUGAGUCGCCGACGUUCUACCUGCCACGGAUCACAUUCGAGUUUCGGCCUCACCGCGCGAAUUGGACGGUGCAACGGCGGCAAUUUCCCCUGCGUCUAGCUUAUGCCACCACCUUCAACAGCUGCCAGGGACUCACCCUGGACCGGGUUGUGCUAGAUCUCACCCUGCCCGUCUUCGCCCAUGGCCAACUUUACACUAGCUUAUCCCGCGUCCGCUCUGCCGUAGACAUCCGUAUUCUCCGAGACCCAAAUGACAUAGAGCAAGACACCAUUAAUGUCGUUUAUCACGAAUUGCUACUGCCUCUGUGA